GAGAGCUCAUCAGAGGCAAAAUGGGAAACAUAUGACUCCACCAAGCGCACAAAUAGACUUUGAUUGUUGUUCGUUGUUCCUCUCUACUUCAGACAACACUGCGGAUAUUUCGCCGUGAAUGAUUUUAAUAUUAAUGGGUAGCUUAUUUUUAUUUAAUGUCUUUUCCCUCAUGAAAUCGCACACCUCGGAUCAUCUUCACGGCCCGCUCUGAUCUCCAGUGAGUGAUUUGUUUUUCUUUUAGAAAUACCAAUUUAACUUCAACAGCUGAUCUUUCAUUUGGAGGAGUUGGCUGAAUUUGGAUUGUUGCCCUGUGGAACAACAACAGCAGCAAAUUUUAAAAUCUUUUACUCUCACGGAUGGCGGUGUAAUCGAUCAGAACAAUUCGGAUGCAGCGGAUCUUUUGGAUUAUAUACACUAAAGCGAGUCCAUAUCUCGGUGACUGGGACGUUGGAGACGGAAGAGUUUAUUUCGCACUCACACACUGGAGUGGGAAUAAGUCUAGACAAUGCUUCAGUGUGCCAGCUGUGAAAAGCCUAUUCUUGAUAGGUUCUUGCUCAAAGUUUUGGACAGACCGUGGCACAUCAAAUGUGUCCAGUGCUGCGACUGCAAAUGCAGUUUGACAGAGAAGUGUUUUUCUCGAGAAGGGAGACUAUACUGCAAGAAUGACUUCUUCAGGAGAUUUGGGACCAAGUGCGCUGGGUGCGCGCAGGGGAUUUUACCCAGUGAUCUUGUCCGCAGAGCCAAGAGCAAAGUGUUUCACCUGAACUGUUUCACCUGUGUGAUGUGUAACAAACAGCUGUCCACCGGAGAGGAGCUGUACAUCCUGGACGAAUUCAAGUUCGUUUGCAAAGAGGACUACGAAAACAACAGCGGGAAAGACACAAUCCUCCUUUCAGUAACUACGUGCAGCGACCCAAGUCUGUCUCCGGACUCUCAGGACCCGCAGGACGAUGGAAAGGACUCCGAAAACGGGCAUUUAUCUGAUAAAGACGCGUGCAGCAACGAGAACGACGAGCAGAGCGCCGUCGGAAAACGACGCGGGCCUCGGACCACCAUAAAAGCCAAGCAGCUGGAGACCCUGAAAGCGGCUUUCGCGGCCACACCGAAGCCCACCAGACACAUCAGAGAGCAGCUGUCACGGGAGACGGGUCUCAACAUGAGAGUCAUCCAGGUUUGGUUCCAAAAUCGGAGAUCUAAAGAGAGGCGUAUGAAGCAGCUGAGUGCUUUAAGCGCUCGGAGACACGUGUUUUUCCGCAACCCGAGGAGAAUGAGAGGCCUAGGAGAGCGACUGGAACCAGGAGAGCUUGGACACUUCUCUUAUUAUGGAGAUUAUCCUGGUGAAUACUAUGGCUCAGGAGGGAAUUAUGAGUACUUCCAAGGCCCACCACCAUCCCAAGCACAGACUCCAGCAGACCUGGGCUUUGUGCCCUCCACAGUCCCAGCUGGCACCCCAUUAGGAGCCAUGGACCACCACCAUCCUGGUCACCACUGUCCCGGAGAGGUGCAGUGUUUCUCUGAUACAUUAUCCCAUCAUCCCGCGAACUCACCCAGUCCGGAGCCCAAUGGACCAAGUUCAAUUCAUAGCAUUUCCAGUGAAAUGUGUGGCCCCAGUACACCCUUCACUGUUUCUCUCAGUGACAACGGAUACACCAACCAGCUGUCACAGCCCUCUUCAGAAAUGAGCGAAGGCACUGUUUGGUAAUCCGGCUAUGACCGAAAUACAACACACGGAGUCUGAAGGCAAAUCCUUGAUUUUCUUUUUUUUUAAUCAGCUAUUUAUUUAUUUAUUUAUUUAUUUAUGUGUUUGUUUGUUUACCUAUUUAUGCUUUUCAUUUUUAUGUUAUUUAUUGAUUGGCCACUUAUUGGAUAUUUUUGAAUAAUCUGUGUGAAUUGGGCUGAUUGAGAGGUCUCACAGCGCUGGGCCUCACUGAUUAAGCAAUAAACAAAUACAUUAACACUGCUGAAGUUGCAUUUUAGUGUUUACAAAACCUUUUCUGCCAUGUACAGUACUGUGCAAAGAUUUUAGGCACAUUUGAUCUUUAUAUUCCUUAUCCGUCACACAAUACUAUCAGCUGGCCACAAGCCCAUUCUGUAUUCUGCCUUUUUCCAUAUUAGCUGGGAUAGGCAGUUCAGAAAAUGGAUGGAUGGAUGGAUGGAUGGAUGAUGCAUGGAUGGAUGGAUGGAUGGAUGGAUGGAUGGAUGGGUGGAUGGAUGGAUGGAUGGACAAGUGAUCUGAUCAAUAAUAAGAAAAUAUGCCCAAACUUUCAGCCGGAGUCAUAAAUAACUAUCUUCAAUGACAAGGAUUUCUGCAAUGGCUCACAGAUAUCCCUCAUCUGACUAUAUUUAAAUCAGUUUGAGAUGAAGACAAAGAGAUGGAAACAAUACUCUUGUAUUACACAGGAGCCAUCCACUUACAGAUUAUGAAUGUGAGAUAUCCUGUGGGGACGGAAACAGCUGAGACCACCCUAAAUCCAAAGAAGAAACCUUGUGUCAAGGUCUUUAAGAUGGCUGGAGGACAGAAAAGAAAAGAAAAAACCCUCUGUACCAAAUACCCUGAAAAACAAUGGUAAGUGUAACUGCAAGAAUUUAUGCUUUUUUAAAGGAAAAUGUGGUCAUGCUCAAUAUUAAUUUGAAAACUUUUUUUUUUUCUGUUUAGGGCACUUUACAUGAAGUUCACUGAUAAAUGUAAAGCAUUAAUGGCAUUACUGAGAACAUUCACAUAUAUUUGUUAAUGUCACAUAGAUUCAGAUGUUUAAAAUUUGCACAGCAUUGUAUAUGGUGAAAUUGACCUUACAGUUCAAAUGUGAAGUGCAUCUGUUUUACCACCUUUCAGUGUUUCACCCCCACUUAUAAAUUCUCCAUAUGUGACUUUGUGUGCAGAACUCUUGUAUUACACCUGAACCAUCCACUAAUUACAGAUUUUGAAUGUGAUGAUACAUCUGACCAAAAACAUUUCUCAGGACCGCGGAAACAUUACAUUGUUUUUUUGUUUUGCUACAACUUUCCAUUAAUAAUUUGCUGGCUGGCAUGUGUUUGCCUUCCACAUAUUGCCAUUUUAAUCUGAACAUUUUAUAUGAGUAGAAAAUGAUUUGACUGCAACAUGAUAAGAGCCUGGCCUGACACCAUAUAUACUAAUGAACAAUAAUGGACAGAAGAGUCAAUUGUUUAUGUAACACUCCAGUGUUCAAAGGGUCAAUUUUGAGUUAUUUAAACCUCUUUAUUCUGAUGGGUAAACCAUUUAAUGCAAACAAACCAAACUUUUGUAGCUACUGUAAUUAUUUUGUCACCAUCCAUUUUUUGUAUUAUGACCUCAUAAAAUAGUAAAAACAAAUAAACUGCUGCCAAAUGAAAGCACAUCACAAAUCCUGCCAUUUCAGUUGUAUGGACAUCUGUGUUCACUUUUAUUGGAGCAAAAAACUUUUCAGCUCAAGACUUAAACUGCUUUUGUCUUUAAAAUGCUACAUUAUUUAUAAUGUUUGUAUUCCACAUGGCUACAAACAGGUCUUUUUUUCCCCCCAUGAGAUACCUGAGUUUUCCUAUCUGGUUUAUGACACAGACAUCACAACACUGUAUAAUAAAAGUCUUAUUGAUGACUGUCAUUUGUUUAUCACUUUGGGGGGGAAAUGAUUGGAAUUCUUAUUUCAGUGUUUCUUGAUUUUGUGAAUGUUUAAUGAACAGGGAUUUGUUAAGUUGUAUGUAAUCUUUUGAGAUGAUUUUUAAAUAGACCAAAAAGAUUAUUUGAGGGGAUCAUUUGAGGGUACAAAUGUGCAUUUAAAAUAUUUUUGUCCUUUAAUAAACAUACUCCUAUGGAAUCUGAUGAAGAAGCCAAAGUGUAAGCAAUUGCUUAAAAACUACUGGAUGAUUAGAAAUAAGUUCUAAAUAACAUCAGCAAUAAGACCAUGACUUGCAUUACAUUACUAACAAUCACAUUAAACUUGCUUAGCUAAAUGUGUUACACUGAUUGCAAAGAGCUAUUCAUUGUCCUUAAUUUACUGUUUUCACCAUGACAUUGAGUACUUACUGUUCUACUAAAUUGGGAGAAUUAAUGACUCAAAAUGAA